UCGGAAUCCCACUACAGAAGAAGAUGAAACAGAUGAUGGUUGGGAAUCACUGAUAUACCAUUUCCACACCGCACGCAGUUUUUACCAUUACCUGGCUUAUUGCUAUUUUCCAUUCAUUCCAACGAAUAUAACUAAAUUGAUUAUUUUCGACUAUUAAUCGCGUUGAACGUGGUUAAAUAACCGUAAUUUAGUUCCGCGUAACUUUCCGCGAUCGAAUUGAUGGCAUGGUUAGAAAAGUGAGUGCUGAGUGCAAUAGUGUUUUUUUUUCGAUAUUUAAAAACCCUGGAGCAGAAGACGAUAGCAAGGAUAUCAGUUAAGAUCAACCUUCAGCGUUGUUGGCUUGAUGACCGUUCGAGUGCAAACCUAACCUAAUCCAAUAGCGUCCUUAUUGGUGUGAUUAAAACUGCAAUUAUUGGCAUUCAAUAAUAUACACGGGCACUGGUGCCACGAAUAUUAUGCCAAUUACUGGUGAGUUUAGCAGUGACUAUUUAAAACCCAAUCUGUAAAAUUUCUUCCUCACCAAGAACAACUGUUGUUCGUUGGACAGGACUAAUAGGGUAACUGUCUUGAUUUACAAUCUGAUUUAUAAUGGAUCCAGCCACAGUAAUAGCUCUUUGCAAAGAGAACAUUCAACCUUUACGUCAUGGACGAAAUGUUGCACAGCUAGGCACAGCACUCCGAGCGCAAGAAGACACGGAAGUUCAACAGUUACUAUUACAAGAAAAACAGAUGCAUGAAGACACUAUCAAGAAUUACGUUGGAGACGACCCUUUAGAGAAUUGGUAUGAUUACAUUCUUUGGAUGGAACAGAGUUAUCCAAAAAGUGGACACGAGUCUCAUAUCGGUAGACUUUUGCAACAAUGCCUCGCGACAUUCGAAAAGGAAACAAAGUAUCAUCAGGAUCGAAGAUUUCUUCGCUUGUGGAUUAAUUACAUAAGUAUGCAGAAAAAUCCAAUAGAAUUAUAUCAACUUCUACACAAUAAUGGCAUUGGAACCAUGGUUGGAGACAUGUAUAGAGCAUGGGCAUUCGAACUAGAGCAAAUUGAAGAUUAUAAAAGGGCUGACGAGGUUUAUCUCUUGGGCUUAACCACACGAGCUGAGCCAGUGGAUGAAUUGGAUUGUGCCCACAAAAACUUCCAGCUGGCAGUGGCGCGUAAGAUGCUCGGUCGCUCUGAUGAUGGAAAUGAAAUAUCUUUUACCGAACAGCGUCAGGCCUUUAGUUCUUUAAAAGCAAUCAAAGCUGGCAAAAAAGUCGGUAGUGUCAGAACAGGAGAACAUGUUCGGGACCAUCUCCCAGGUGCAGUGCCACAAAUUGGUGCAACUGUUCAAGACGAAAAAGGGAAUUGCAGAAUAAAAAUUUACCAGGAUGACGGUGCCGACCCUGGGGGAAAAAGCUCGAGUAUUUUGGAUCACGUACCUGUGGAAGAAGCUAUACAUAAGGAGAAUACAAUUAAACCUGGACCCUGGAAUUCUAGUAGUAAGAAAUACCUUCUAAUUUCGUCUGCCGUCAAAACAUCAUUUAAAGUUCACGAAGAUCAGUUAGAUGACAACUAUAACCUAAAUAAAUUGAGAUUAUUUCCGAAUCAUACCCCGUUUUUUGAUGGCAGCAAAUAUCAUGAAUAUCCGAAGGUUCCUGUAUAUGUAUCAGAUCCACCAAAUCCUAACGUGAUAUUAAAACCUCACUAUCCCAAAGAAUUAGUGUACGCGAAUAACGUUGAUCAAAGUAUGGAAGAAAUCAGAGCACAGCAGCAUCUGAACAGAAGAUCUCAGAGUUUUCAAGUAAAUGAUCAUCUCUCUAUAAAUACUGAGGUAGAGAAUAAUUCGGAAGUUUACACGGAAAGACGUGAGCAACCCUUUGAACAGUAUCAUCAUAUCGCACAAAGGCACCUUGAACAACAAGAGUUACAUCUUCAGUUAUACGGAAUAGAGAAACAAAAAAUUGAAACCCGCAGACUAAAAGCAACGCAACUCGAGAUGGAAAGACAUCGUAACGAACAGUUGGAACUACAACGGCAGCAAAGAGAAGAAUUAGAAAGAAUAAGAUACGAGGCUGAACAGCUCGAAUUCAAAAGACUGGAAGCAGAAAGAUUGGAAGCUGAAAGGAUUGAGUUACAGAGAUUCGAGGCUGAACAACAAGAAUAUAAGAGAUUAGAAGCUGAGAGAAUAGAAGUUGAGCGAAUCGAGGCCGAGAGAAUGGAGGCUGAGCUGAGGAGACAGCAAAAGAUGCAAUCUUCUAGUUACAUGGGUCAACAUCAGUCAUCUAGUACAGCAACUGAGGAGCACUUGCUGGGUCAGAGUUUAACUGUAAAUACGAAGGAAGCUAUGUCAGCUGUACAAGAACUCUGGCAAUCACCGGAGGGUGGAGGUAGUAGUCCAAUGACCAGCAGACCUAUGGAACACAGAAUGACAGAUGCAAGAACAAAUCUUGCUUUCAAUAUACACAUGGAUAGUUCUAUGACGCAACACGUUAUGUCAACUAGCAAACAUCAUCAAGGAUUUAGCGUACCAAUACAAACCUAUGAUGACCAGGAAAAUAAUCAAAUCUACCAGGUUCCUUUUUCUAAUCAAGAUCAUGAAACUUUUGGAAGCCACACUGUCCACAAUCCGUAUCACUAUCAAGUACAUCAUAUUCAACAACAACAUCAACAACAAGGCAUUCAGUCUACUCACAUUCAGUCACAUAUACAUGAACAACAGAAUUCACCACAUUUGCAGACUUCACACCAUCAGUCCCUUAUUCACCAUUCGUCUCAUUCGCAAACACCACAUCAACAGCAGCAUAUUCAAGAACAAACGCAAAUUCAGCCACAACACAGUAAAGUACAACUUCACACAUCUCAACAUAUACAAGCGCAACAUCAUGUUCCUCCGCAUCUUCAACCACCGCUUCAUUCAUCGCAACAUCUCCAACAUCAGCCUAUGCAACACCAUCUGCAGCAAGAACAAAACCAUUCGCAACAGCAAAAUCAGCAGCAUAUCCAGCAACACCAACACUCUCAACAGCAACAGGACGUUUACAGUAGCGUGGUCGCAGCUAAUAUCGGAUACCAACAAUUUCCUGCAAGUUUGCAAUCACCGCUGCCAUCAAUCGAACCUCAGAAACAAUUACAUUUCACGCCAUACACUGAUCCGGAUCCUGAAUCCAACAAAUCGUACAAGAUGCCUUCUGAACUGCCGUACAUAAAGUCUCCUGGAAUGAACAGACGAGAUCUGAAAUUCCUUGAAAGUGCUGAAAACAAGGAAAAUGCGAUAGCCGUAGAUUAUAAUGGUCCGCUAGAAGAAAGUAUGUCUAAACAGGAAGAAAAUUUUUACGAAGAUGAAACUCUUGGCACUGCACCUUUGGCUGUAGAUAAUGAAACAUGUUUUACGGAGGCGUUUAACGCUCAAUUAACUAGCUCAACACCGAUUAACCACUUUAAAGAUACUUACAGGGUAAAGGAGCGACAUCAACUGCCGGGCCAAAGUAGUCAAACUCAGCCGAUACAGGAGAUUCAAGGAGCAGACGGUGAACACAAGUUAAGCGUUAUAAUGGAGUCAACCAAGGAAUACAUUUCCAGCAGCUCAGGUAGCAGUGUACAUACUCGGACAACAGGUCUAGGCUUUUCAAUAACUCGAGAUGACCUAGGGACAAUUAAGGAACAGUCUAGUAGCCAAGGCACAGUAUCCAAUGAAUCGUUAUUAGCAGCGAAUCAAGUUUAUGAUCAAAAAAUGAGGGCUGAAAUUCAAGCAGUUCACGCUCAGAGUCCGCGAACAAUUCAACGCAAUGUGGACCAAAUUACAUCUGAAAUCCAAAAUAAUUGCGACCUUCGAAAAUCCAUUAGUUUUAAGCUUAACAAUGAGUCUAACAAAGACGAGAUAAAUAUCGAAAAAGUAGAUUCGAUGGAGUGUGAGGAACAAGAACCUAUGGAGGAAGUAGAAGAUGAAACUUUUGAAUUGCCUGAGGGUGAUAUAAAUCCAUUUGACAAGAAUUUAAUUGCUAGUCUUUUACGAAAGAUUAAAUUCCCACAAAGACACCAUGCUGAGGGUCACGUAAGAUUAAACUGCAAUUUGAACAAAUUUGUGCCUUCAACUAUGAUUACGCUUGGUACUGAAGCGUAUGAUUUAGACAAGUGCCUUGGAAAGGGGACGUAUGGGCAAGUAUUUAAAGCGAUAGAUUUGCAAACAAGACAAACAGUCGCUCUUAAAACGCAGAAACCUGCUUGGGUUUGGGAAUUCUACAUCGCCAGAGAAAUAAAGGCUCGUCUGACUAAUCCUUACAUGUUACGCGGGUUUAUGGAUAUUAAAACAGCGUAUGUUGCUGACAACGGUAGCGUUUUAGUUUCCGAAUUCUCUAAGUAUGGAACUUUAUUAUCAGUAACGAACCAAGUGAAGAUCGCCACAGGAAAGCGGCUGCAUGAAGCUCUAGCUAUAUUUUUUACCAUUGAAAUGCUACAAAUAGUCGAAUAUUUACAUAAAUGUCAAAUUAUACAUGGAGAUAUUAAGCCAGAUAACUUUCUGCUUAUGCACUUGCCAACAGACGAUGCAAGGCCAACAAUUCAAUUAAUAGACUUUGGAUGUAGUAUUGACAUGAGUCUGUUUCCGGAGAAUACGCAAUUCAAGCAAAUCAUAAAGACGGAAGAAUUCACUUGCAUUGAAAUGCAAACAGGAAAGCCAUGGACUUAUCAAACUGAUCUUUAUUGUCUGGCUGCAUCUAGUCAUUGUCUCCUUUUCGGUAGUUACAUGCGAGUUUCAAGUACUAGAGGUCGCUGGUUUAUCAACUCUAAAAUUCCUAGAUAUGCGAAGAAAGACGUAUGGGAAAGGUAUUUUACCGAACUCUUGAACAUAGAAUCUUGUGACCAAACACCGGAUUUGACUAAACUGAGGAACAUGAUGGAAGAAGCCUUGGUUCAGAUAUCGGAGCGUCAAGGGAGAAUUAGGAGUUUUUGCAAUGUGCUCAACAACCGAUAACGCUUACCCAAUUGCUGCAUGUUUUCAACGCCUCAAGGUUGGCACAGGCGUAGAAAAGAACCAACACUUAUAAAUUAGAUAAAAAUGAUAUUAUCAUGCUAUUUAUUAAAUAGUUUAUAACUGCAAUGCAGCAUAGUUAAAAAUAAUUGGACGUAGAUUUCUUGGCCUGCUUCGUGAAAACUCCGUGAUGUGGCGAAAGUAGAAUGUCUAAGAAGUUUAAUUUCAUUUAAAGAUCGUCUAUGUUUCUCUUAGGGAUUAAAGAUAUAGCCAGUAGAGAAUACGUACGUAUGAAAAAUAUUUUGCAGCCUUUUUAUGUGGGUUAUCAAAAACUUUCCUCAAUAUUGUAUAUACAAAUGUAUCGAAGAAACAGGUAGCGUUCACAUGUUACACAUGUUUCAGAGAUUUCAGAAGUCCCCUAUCUCUUAUCAUGCAUUUUUCCUAUGCUUAUACAAGUAAGUCACGCUUAAAAAAAGACACCUCGCUAUCCUCUGAAGUUUGAACCUAUAUGUGAAUGCUCCCAUAUAAAGAAGCAAAUAUUAGAGUUUUUUUCGAGACAAAAAAUUUACCAAACGGAGAAGACUUUUCCCGCGUUAUUGAAUUUUUGAAUACUUAUGUAAUUGAGGGAACACCAGUUUUCGUUCAAACCUUUUUUUUUUUUAGCGUAGAAGAAUUCGCUAGGCCACUAUUUUUAAAAUCUAUUGUACACCAUUUUAUAACGAAUAUUAUAAAUUAAUCAAUUUAAUGAACAUGGCAUUCCGUUUAUAUUAUUUUAUGUUAGUCUUGCUGGUUGUAAUUUCAUUAACCUACAAUUGUUAUUUAAUUAUAGUUACUUUGCGAUUGGUGGCGUUACCAUGAUUUCACUUUUUGACGUAAUAAACUGAAACAUGCACACAAGUCAAAAUAUGUUAUCCUUACCUUUUGAAAAUUAUUAAAUCGAUUUCGAUCAAAGUUCUAAUCCAAAAUGUCGAAAUAAAUUUCAAAAUUAAUGGGACUAACGUAAGGUCGUUUUGGAGAACACGAUGAUCACGAGAUGCGACGUCGCUAAAUUCGAAUCAAAUCUCAAAAUUAUAUCACUAAUCGUUAAUGAAAAAAAGUAAAAACGGUUAACAUUUUUAUAAUUGGACCACCAUUUUGGAUUAUGAAAUUUUGUAGUUAGAUUCGAAUUCAGUAACCUCAAGCGAGCCGAUUUUGUAGUAGAUCACGAAUUCCAAAUAUUGCAUCAAAAAGUUGAUAUUGUGUACAAAGGAUAGAAAUAAAAAUUGAUUAGAAAUAUUGUGAUAAAAAUUAAAUAUUAAAAUGACGGACAUUUGUCCGAAAUUACCCGAUAAGAAAAAAGAAAAUUAUAAAUGGCGGAUCCAACAUGACGACAGAUAUCUUUUCAAUAAUGUUAUAUAGGGUCUGUCAUUGCUUUUCUGAAUUUUGGAUAAAUUUUUAAAAUCUACAGUAAAGCCCUUAUAAAAUAAGUUUUAUUCUAUGCGUAUAAUUUUUAAAACAGUUGUUCGCAAUAUUAUAUCCGAAGUUUUGGAUUUUUUAUGCAGAAUUUUGAGUCUGUGACUUAAGUAAAUCAUUUCAAAAAUUAAAUUGAUACAGAUCGCAUCAUUAAAAACAUGGUCCACAUAUCAGAUCCCCAAUUUCAGAAUCUGCGUUUCAGAAGCCCCCCAGAAAUGAGUUUUAUACAAAUCAAAUAAUUUGUAAUAAAUUUUCAUACUUCUUCAUGCGAUAUUUGUGGUGUGUGAGUCAAAAAGAACGUAUAAGAUGAAUUUUAAACAAAUCGUAAUUUGACUUUGCUAGGUUUUCCGGUUUUUUUCUCUACUCUGAGAUGGUGAUUUAAAAAAGUGAAAUCUUCCGUUUUGAAAUACAAAAUAUCCAAAUUCUGAGCCAGAUUCCAUAAAACAACUCAUAAAAUCUCCAAGAAAUCUUCAUUUAUGAUAUUUUAUUCCAUUUAGAAAUUCACAAAGCCAAGAGUAAAUUUACAGGAUUUAAAUAUCAGAACCCCUUUAUGUCUUUUUGAAAAUAAAAAAUGUUUCUAUAUACGCCAACGUAUUGAAAUUUUCCAUGCGAGCUUACUCAUUGAUUUUCACUGAGCAAGCAGAUAAUAGUAUACCGAUAGGGACAAACACUUGUCAGGCUUUAUAAAACAAAAAAGUUAUUUUUGCAACAUCCACCUCUAAAAUUUCACUUUUCAUUCUUGAAAAUUGUAUCUAAAGGGCAUUAUUUCAGCAGACAAUGCACAAUUUGUGCGCACGUGCAGUUUGAAGAUGAUUUAUUUUAAGCACUGCUGAAGCCGUUGUUUAUUCGCAGUUUCGCAAUAAGUUACAUUCGAAAAAGAUCGCGCGAUGCCUAAAAUAGCUUAGCGGUGAUGACACUUUACGCUGUUUAAGAGUCAGUUUCAACGUGACAUGCCAUUUAUAGCUCUUCUCUCAAUGUAAAAGUAUCUUUCUGUACAACAAUUUAUUGCAAUUUAUAAUGGCAGAUUACUUAUUAGUUUUCACUAAGCAGGCCCUUAUAAUAAUACACAUAGAGAUAAGAGUAUGCCGACGGGGGAAAAAUACGUUUUUGGACUGUGAACGAAACCAUUUUCAGGCUUUAUAAUACAAACAAAAUCGUUUUUGCAACAUCCACCUCUAAAAUUCAACUUUUUAAUUGCUACUCGUGUGAUUGCAGUAUUCGGAUCCAGCUCCUGUUGAAAACGUCACUCUCGAUGAAAUCACCUGUUUCAAGCACUUCGUUAACAAAUAACUAUUGGUUAUCUGAUACUUAAAGUCAAAAAUUACAAUGCGAUGUGUGAAUAUCAUAAAUACAUACGCGAAUCGGCUAUAAAAUUUAUACAUGACAUGUUUCCAAAAACACAGAAAAACAUGCCUUACUUUUCUUGAACAUGAAAUACAAAAGUGCAAAUUUGUAUUGAAAGUUUUCCAGUGAAAUCGUGUUGAUAAUAUUUCUUAAAAUGCAAUUGUGAAUAAUUGCGUUUUUUCUAUUCUAUUUGAAUAUUGAAAAGAACACUUUUUUAUCACUGUAUUGCCAGUCCAUAAAUAUACAUUUUACAAUUAAUCUGCAAACAAAAUCCAUAGAAAAAUUCAAUGACAUACGAAAAUUCUAAAUUUUGGUGAUUUCGUAAUUUUCACUUCAGAGGUUGCACAUGUUAUAUAAACGGAUAAGUGGUUGUGUACUAAAAUACGA